AUUUUUCCCUCCAUGCACUUGCAUGAACCUUGUUAUAUAAAACAGUUUUUAUAUGGUACUGGUGAGGUGUUUAGUCUGAGUAUGUUGGCAUUUACUGGUCCAGCACUGCUUCCCUCACUGGUCUUAGCACACAAAGGUAAUGGUGUCGCCCUGUGUCCAGGCGUCGUCCAGACCACUGCCCUGCUGGACUACGAGGCCUCCGCCAGCCAGAACCUGACGGUGCGGGCGCGGGACCCCUUCACCGGGGGCCACACGGACACCCACGUCACAGUCGCAGUCACGGACGUCAAUGACAACCCGCCGGAGUUCAGCCGUUCCGUCUUCAAGGGAGACGUGUCGGAGGCUGCAUCACCGGGCCACGUGGUGCUGCAGGUCUCGGCAAGUGACGUGGACACGGGGCCGGGCGGUUCAGUGCGCUACUCGUGUGUCAUGGAGUGUGGCAGCUUUGAGGUGCGUGCCCUGGACGGUGCCGUCACACUCACCAAGGAGCUGGAUGCAGAGACUGAGGCUCAACACGUGCUGACUGUGCUGGCCACGGACUCAGGCAUACCCCAGCUCUCCUCCACCGCCACAGUGGUUAUUGACGUUGUGGACUUCAACGACAACCCUCCAGCGUGGCGCCAGGACAGCUACUCCUGCCGCGUGUCGGCCGAGGCCCAGCCCGGCCAUGUGGUCACCUCGGUGUCUGCCACUGACCCAGACGCUGGUCAGGUCACGCCGCUCAGUUAUGCCAUUCACUCGGGAGACCGAGACGCCAUCUUCAAAAUGGAUCAGCUGACUGGUGUGUUGACGGUGACGGCCCCACACAAGCUCAAGGACGUGGCCUCCCUCACCCUGAACCUGUCUGUGAGUGACGGGGUGCACGCGGCCUUCACCGGCCUGCACGUCUCGGGGCUGGCCUCCAACCACCACGCGCCGAGGUUUAAUCGCACUCUAUAUGAAGCUUACGUGGAGGAAAAUUCAUCUCCUGGCCAGCUAGUCAUCAACCUGGUGGCCACGGACCUUGAUGCCUGGGACCUGGGCAAGCUGCAGUACACCAUCCUGCACCAGACUUCAGAGGGAGCCUUCACCGUGGACAAAGAAGGCAACCUAUACACUGAGACACCUCUGGAUCGCGAGUCCCUGCCCAUGCACAGCCUCAAGGUGUCUGUGAUGGACGAGGGAGAUUCAGAGUGA